GGCGAGGCGGUGCCUCGGGCCCGGCGCGGCGCUCGGCUGGGGCGAGCAGGGCGGCCGCCGCCUCCCGCCGCGGCGAUGAGCGCCUCGGCGGCCACCGGCGUGUUCGUGCUCUCGCUCACCGCCAUCCCCGUCACGUACCUCUUCAACUGCCUGGCGGCCACCGGCAGUUCCUGGGUAAUCGUUGCAGUUGGAUUGCUGGUUCUGGUUCUUAUUGCUCUGUUGGCUCGUGUUCUUGUCAAAAGAAAACCACCAAAAGACCCGCUGUUUUAUGUUUAUGCUGUAUUUGCCUUUACCAGUGUAGUGAACCUAAUAAUUGGGUUGGAACAGGAUGGAAUUAUCGAUGGAUUCAUGACUCAUUACUUGAGAGAGGGUGAGCCAUAUCUGAACACUGCCUAUGGCCAUGUGAUCUGCUACUGGGAUGGCUCUGCUCACUAUCUGAUGUACCUGUUGAUGGUGGCAGCUAUUGCAUGGGAACAAAGCUAUAGAACCAUUGGUCUCUACUGGCUAGGUUCCAUUAUCAUGAGCAUCAUUGUCUUUUUGCCUGGAAAUAUUGUGGAUGCUGGCAUACAUGUUCUACUCUGUGCCAUACUAUGUGAUUGCUCUGUAUGGCCUCCUGGUGCCUGGCUGUUCCUGGAUGCCUGAUUUAACCCUCAUACAUGCUGGAGGACUAGCUCAGGUAUUUCUUUGCAAAAUGUUCACUUUUGAAUUACAAGUUAAUAAGCAGACACCUAUGGAGUAAAUAAGGGGCCCAGGGCUUGAUCUUCCCAUGCAGGUUUUAUGCUAAUGUAACUCAGAUCAGAUCAGUUUUUGUAUGUGUAAAAAAACCGUUAAUUUAAGGGAGUGGAGAAUCAAAUCCAUUACAUGUCUCUAAUGACCACACUCUUGCUUUAGCAGACUUCUCUCCUUCUGCACAAUGUUUUUAUUGUGCUCAUUUAAACCUUAUUAAGCACCAUGCACUCUUUAGCUGGGACCAUGAAGGAAGCCUGUCUUAAAGCUGUGACAGUCAACCAUGUAAAAAAAUCCCAAACACAACAAAGCAGCACAAUACAUUGUUUCCAUAAUAUGUGUUGGCUAACUAGGUAGUUUGAAACAUAUAAAUGGAAAAAAGUAUCUACUGGUCACACAAAAUAUACAGUAUCAGUUGAUGACAUGGAUACAACACUGGGAACCUCCUGGGCCACAAACCACAGUAACACCCCGACAUGCUUGUGCUGCCAAAGGCAGACCAAUGAUCAUACUUCCUUAACUCAUUCCCUUCUGAUUCUCCCAAAUAAACAACAGUGGCUAAUUACUAGAUGGUGCUGAUGCUUAUGAGGAGACUGACCAAAACAAAACAAUCCAACAGGAAGUGAUAAAUGACUUCUCAUAACGUCCAGAUGACCAUUAAACAGUUGAGACACAGGGACAAUUGAUUUGUACUGUAUGUAGGAAAUUAAAUGUGCUCUGAGCAUCCAGAUAAUGCAGAAAAUGUGCACGUAAUCCUGCCACAACAGUGAGAACACAGGGACAUAGCAAUAAGUGUAAUUCAAAUACCACUACUAGACAAACACAGACCAACACUUCGUUCCUCAGGCCUGAGAUAACAAUCAUGGAUACAAACUACAGUCCACUUUAACUGCCCAGUAAGGAUGGUGGAAUGGCAUUUUCUAUUUGUGAGCAAUUAUCAGAGAGAAUAGACUUCUUUUCUUUUUUCUCUCCAAACAGUUUACAGAGAAUCUUGAAUUAUUAAGUGAUAUCAAAACAGAAUCUGGCAAACAUUAACGAGGAGGUUUAGAUGCUUAAAAGGCAUUAUAAAUAUUAUAAAUCUGUGUUUAGCCUAAAUGUAAUUUAGGAAAAAAAAAAAAGGCAAAAACUAGCUAAAGUAGGUAAAGUCAUACUGGGAACUUUUCUUUACCAACAGA